AUGGCAUCAGCGAAUGUUGGAGGUGGGCGUUAUUAUUGCCAUGUAUGCCAAAGACGUGCGUCCCCAGUACUACAAGAUUCUACUCUGAGGUGCAAUUUUUGUAAUCAGGGUUUUGUUGAGGAACUCGACCCUAAUGACAUGGAAUGGGUUAUGACUGAAUUUGAUGUAAAUCCAGAUGUGCCCCCUAUUCCCAAUUUUGUCGCUGCCAUGCAGUCUGCCUUGGGUAAUAUCACUGUUGGAUUUACAAGUGACGAGCCGGUCUCGGCAAAUACCCGGUCACGAGCACAACGCAGACCAGAGAUGAUGAUGGGUGGAAUAGAAUUAUUUAUGCAAAUGCUACUAAAUGCAGAUUUGAAUCCAUUUAACAUAGGUGGACCUCCACCUGCAACGCCGUCAGACAUCGCUUCGCUUCCCAGAAAAACUCUGUCACAGGCAGAUCUUAAGACAUACGAUGUUUGCUCGAUAUGCCUGGAAAAGUUUUCAGUCGACGAUGAAAUACUAACAUUGCCCUGUUUGCAUGGCUUUCACCAGUCCUGUCUAUCAACAUGGCUGAGUCAGAAAGGCUCCUGUCCUAUCUGUCGAAAAGACAUGCAGGGUCAGGAUACCUCGUAA